AUAAGAACCCUCCAGUAUUUGGUGCAAGGUACUCUCUUUGUGCAUGUGGCUGCUUCUAUAUUUGUGACGUUCACUGCAAUGCCCCCCCUGAAUAUGGAUUGGGAUACGUAUAUACCGUCAUUCGUUGGUUACCCAGAGAUGUCCGACGGGAGGCUAAGGUAUUACUUUGGAGCAUAUUGGAUAGUGGCAACAUACACAACAACGGGCUAUGGUGAUGUUCGUCCUAAAGGAUUUGAGGGAAUGUUAUUCUCCAUUCUGGUCAUGAUUUUAGCGAAGAUACAUGUAAUCUACAGCAUGGGGCUCCUUUCCUCUACUCAAGCAAAUAAACAGUCACUCCAGGUUACCUUUGAGGAGAAGCUACAGGCUAUUGAGGCUUAUAUGGUUGGUGCAAACAUUCCCUCACCUUUACAAUAUCGGGUGACACACUUCUACAACUACAUUUGGACACGCACAAAUGGAAUUCAAUCUAAAGUUUUGUUUAAAGAUACUGCUCAUUGUAUGAAAGCUUCAAUUUUUUCAAGAAUAUCUAUUCCUCAUCUGAAGAACAAUCAGUUGUUUGCUCAUCUCUCAGAAACCUUUCUGCACCACCUCUCAACUAAAAUGCAGCUGACGAGCUACACAGCUGGAGAGUACAUUAAGAAAAAAGGAGAUGUUGGUGUUGGGAUGUGGUUGAUCUUAUAUGGCAAAGUAAAUUUGAACAGACACAAAGCAGAAGAACACAAUGAAACCAUAUCCACUGGAAAAAUUAUAGGACUACAUCUUCUGUUCAAACGCAAACACUGUGGACACACUGCCAUUGCUGAAAAUUAUGUUGACAUUUUCUAUUUGACUAAAGAGAGUUUUGAUGAAGUCUGUUCAUAUUAUCCAAAGGUUAGGAAAAGGCUUGAUAAGAGAGCAAUUAACUAUGCAAAUGUAGAUUUGUAAAACUAUCAGUUUCAAGUUUUAUAAUAUCUAUUAUAGUAUUUUCAAAUAUUUAAGGUUGAUUAUUCAUUAACAGUAUACAUAUUGAUAUGAAAGUUGAUAGUUGAUAUGAAAGUUUUGCUGUGUUCACUUCUGAUAUUACAUUGCCUUACAAACCUUGCUUGAAAUGUGAAGAAAAUAAACAUUGUUGCAUUUUGCUGCACUAGUCUUUUCUAGUCUUAAAUGUUGUGACUGUGAAAAAAAUUAUGUAAGAAUAUAAAUAUAAUAGUAGAUAAUCUACAUUUUACGUCAAAAAUGAUUGAUAGUUUCUUUGCCCUAGUGUGUGUGCGUGCUUGCAAGA